GGCGGAGCUUCCGCAGCCUGGGGCGGGGCUUCUGUUGACAGGGGGGCGGGGCGGCUCCCUACCUCCCGCGGUGCGCCAAUCCCCGGACUAGGGGCCGGGGUCGGACCCCAGUGGAGUAGCAGGGUCUGGGCGUGGAGAGCUCGGCGCCGCACGGGGUGGGGGCGCGCGGAGGACGCGCGCGCGGGAGGGCCCCGCCUUGCCGGCUCUCUCCCUUCCCCCUCCGCCCCCGGACGGCCGCUGGGGCGCGCGCCUCUCCUCGCACCCCCACCCUGAGUCCCCACACUCCGCGGGGCCACCGAGCUGCUGAGGCCCCUUUGCGGGCCCGCCGAGCGGUUCCGGGUUUAGGGUUCACAGGUCAGAGUUGACUCCCUGAAAAGUGCAGCCGGUUUGAAAUGCAAGAUGGCGGCGGCGUGGCGCUGAGAGGCGCGGCGGCCCCUGCAGGAGAAGACAGACAGCUGCUUUGGACCUAUUGGUAAUGAUGGCCUGAGCUAAACAUCUAACUAGAAGGGAUACCCUUCCAUUUCAAAGAACAGAAUGCUAAGGAAGCUGUGGCAAGUGAUUGGAGUUGUGCUUCAAAAAUUUCAGAAAUUCAGCAGUAUUUUGUCUGCCAACAAUAAGCUCUUUACUUGAUUGCACCAUGAGAAAGCUGCUAAUGAGACUUGUUGAGCACAAAAAUGGACUUGAAGAACCAAAAGCCAUUGUUUUCAAAUGAAGAACACUGAACAGUUUUAAGCCUCGGUGCUUUUUAAUCACCACUGAGCUUUUCCUCAUAACAUCAGAAUGGCAAGCAGGCGAAAAUCAACAACACCUUGCAUGGUCCUUGCCAGUGAACAAGAUCCAGACCUUGAGUUGAUAUCAGAUUUGGAUGAAGGUCCUCCUGUGCUUACACCUGUAGAAAACAGCAGAGCAGAGAGUAUCUCAAGUGAUGAAGAGGUUCAUGAAUCUGUGGAUUCAGACAAUCAGCAAAAUAAAAAAGUUGAAGGUGGAUAUGAAUGUAAAUAUUGUACUUUUCAAACUCCAGAUCUAAAUAUGUUUACUUUUCAUGUGGAUUCGGAACAUCCCAAUGUAGUGCUAAAUUCAUCCUAUGUUUGUGUCGAAUGCAAUUUUCUUACCAAAAGGUAUGAUGCACUUUCUGAGCAUAAUCUGAAAUAUCACCCAGGAGAAGAGAAUUUUAAGUUGACUAUGGUGAAACGUAAUAACCAGACAAUCUUUGAACAAACAAUAAAUGAUCUGACUUUUGAUGGUAGUUUUGUUAAAGAGGAGAAUGCAGAGCAAGCAGAAUCUACAGAAGUUUCUUCUUCGGGAAUAUCUAUCAGUAAAACUCCUAUCAUGAAAAUGAUGAAAAAUAAAGUGGAAAAUAAACGGAUUGCAGUUCAUCAUAACUCAGUUGAGGACGUUCCUGAAGAGAAAGAGAAUGAAAUCAAACCAGACCGUGAAGAAAUUGUAGAAAAUCCAAGUUCUUCAGCUUCUGAAUCUAAUACAAGUACUUCCAUUGUAAACAGAAUACAUCCAAGUACUGCCAGCACGGUAGUGACACCAGCAGCAGUUCUUCCUGGAUUGGCACAGGUGAUAACUGCUGUAUCUGCUCAGCAGAACUCUAAUUUGAUUCCCAAAGUCUUAAUCCCUGUUAAUAGCAUUCCCACCUACAAUGCUGCAUUGGAUAACAAUCCCCUUUUACUUAACACCUACAACAAGUUCCCUUACCCAACAAUGUCAGAAAUUACAGUUCUUUCUGCUCAAGCAAAAUAUACAGAGGAACAGAUCAAGAUAUGGUUUUCAGCCCAACGUUUAAAACAUGGUGUUAGUUGGACUCCCGAGGAAGUAGAGGAGGCAAGAAGGAAACAAUUCAAUGGAACAGUGCAUACUGUACCUCAGACCAUAACUGUUAUUCCUACACACAUUUCCACAGGGAGUAAUGGUUUACCAUCUAUUUUACAGACAUGCCAAAUAGUUGGUCAGCCUGGUCUGGUCCUUACUCAAGUGGCUGGAACAAACACCUUGCCAGUUACAGCACCUAUAGCCUUGACAGUGGCAGGCAUUCCAAGUCAAAAUAAUGUACAGAAAAGUCAGGUACCUGCUGCUCAGCCUACUGCAGAAACAAAGCCAGCAACAGCAGCGGUUCCAACUUCUCAAAGUGUCAAACAUGAAACUGCAUUGGUAAACCCUGAUUCAUUUGGCAUUCGGGCAAAAAAGACAAAAGAGCAACUGGCAGAAUUAAAAGUUAGCUACCUUAAAAAUCAGUUUCCCCAUGAUUCAGAAAUUAUCAGACUUAUGAAAAUAACAGGCCUGACGAAAGGAGAGAUUAAAAAAUGGUUUAGUGACACAAGGUACAACCAGAGAAAUUCAAAGAGCAAUCAGUGCUUACAUCUCAACAAUGAUUCCUCUACCACCAUUAUUAUAGACUCCAGUGAUGAAACCACGGAAUCCCCAACUGUUGGUACUGCACAGCCUAAGCAAUCCUGGAAUCCUUUUCCUGACUUUACUCCCCAAAAGUUUAAAGAGAAAACUGCAGAGCAGCUUCGUGUCCUUCAGGCAAGUUUUCUCAACAGCUCUGUACUUACAGAUGAAGAAUUAAAUAGGUUAAGGGCACAAACCAAACUUACCAGAAGAGAAAUCGAUGCUUGGUUUACAGAGAAGAAAAAAUCAAAAGCUUUAAAGGAAGAGAAAAUGGAAAUAGAUGAAAGUAAUGCAGGUAGUUCCAAAGAAGAAGCUGGAGAAACUUCUCCUGGAGAUGAAUCUGGUGCACCUAAGUCAGGGAGUACAGGCAAGAUAUGUAAAAAAACACCUGAGCAGCUGCACAUGCUUAAGAGUGCAUUUGUCCGGACACAGUGGCCAUCACCAGAAGAGUAUGACAAGUUGGCCAAAGAAAGCGGGCUUGCUAGAACAGACAUAGUUAGUUGGUUUGGGGACACCCGUUAUGCUUGGAAGAAUGGAAACUUGAAAUGGUACUACUACUAUCAGAGCGCCAAUUCAAGUAGUAUGAAUGGUCUGUCUUCCCUUAGGAAAAGAGGGAGAGGGAGACCCAAAGGACGAGGAAGAGGAAGACCGCGUGGGCGGCCUAGAGGAAGCAAAAGAAUUAACAACUGGGACAGGGGACCAUCACUCAUAAAAUUUAAAACUGGAACUGCAAUACUUAAGGAUUAUUACCUGAAGCACAAGUUUCUUAAUGAGCAAGACCUUGAUGAACUUGUUAACAAAUCACAUAUGGGCUAUGAGCAGGUCAGAGAGUGGUUUGCAGAAAGACAGAGAAGAUCAGAAUUAGGUAUAGAAUUAUUUGAGGAAAAUGAGGAGGAAGAUGAAGUUAUUGAUGACCAGGAAGAGGAUGAAGAAGAAACAGAUGAUAGUGACACUUGGGAACCUCCACGACAUGUGAAACGGAAGCUGUCUAAAUCAGAUGACUGAAAUGUAAGUUAAGAAAAAUUUUAAUCUGCGUAUAUGUUCAUCAACCACAUACAUUUUUGAACAGUCACCUUGUUGUAUCAGUCAUCUUCAUUUUGGAUAUUUUCUGAAGUAGUUUUUCUUUUCCCUAAUAAGACUAGGUACCACUAGUAUAGCUAAGAGAUAAAUGAUUAUCAUGUGUAGUUUUAUUAUUAUUAUGUAGAGUUUAAUGUCUUAAUUAUUAUUUUUCAUAUGAAUUGGGGUUUUUUUACUUUGUUUUGAAGGAAAGUUACCCAAUCUCUAUGAAGGGAGACUGGCAGGCGGGUUGAGGGGAUUCACAAACAAAUACUAAAGAUAACUAAAAUGUAUUUUAUUGCAAUGCCCCCUUCACUAAAGCUUCAUUUUUUGCCUAUUUAAGGAAAUAAUUCAAAAAUGAAAACUAAAAAGAAGGGGAAAAGUACACCAAAGGAAAGACUUACCACAGGGUUGACGAUCGUGCAGUUUUAGGAAACUAGGUGAAAAUGGGUAUCUUUUCUUCUUCAUUGCAUUGCUCCCAAAACUUUACUAGACUUUUAACUAGAGUUUAAAAAUGCUUUAUGUAUUUAUGAAAUUACUCAGUAUCUUUUUAGUAAUUUAUAAAAUUACUCAAUAUCUUUUUCUGUUAAAAGUCAAAGGUCUGUUUUAGGCCAUAUAUAAAUUCAUGUUUGCUUAGGUGGCAUCUGUCUUUGAAAACUGUGAUAUAAAUUAUUUCUGUUUUAGAGAUCAAAAGGCAAAUAACAGAUUUGAUAUAAACCCAAUUGCUUAAAAUAUCUUUUCAUUCUUUGGUAUAAAACAAACCUGCUACCAGCACUAACAUUGUAUUUGAUUUAAAGUAUAUCUCUGUAGUCUUAAAAAUGCAAAUAAAUAUGGCUUAAAUUUGAAAGGUUUUGGCAUGUUCUUUAAAUCUUAGUUCUUUUAUAAAUUGGAUUAAUUAAAGUUGAACUGUAGUUGCAAAUCAGAUACCUGCUUUGGAGUUAGGAAUUGAAUUCUAAAUACUUCUGGAAUUUAAUAACAUAGUUUUAUUCUUUGCUAUUCUUUGUUUUGGAGUGUUCCGGGGUAAAAGUACACUGUUUUGAAAACAAUGCAGUUGUCAUGAAAUGUUUGUGUAUGUCUGUCAGUAGUCCAAAUAGCAUCUUGCUAUUAGAAAUGACUGCAGUGUUCUCAAACAGUAAGGAAGGAAAUGAGACGUAGACCCUCAUUAUUAUUUUACACGUGAGCAUGCUUACUUAUUUCCUUGGCUUUUUGCAUCAGUAUCCCAUCCCCUACUUUUAUGCUCUGUUAUUCUGUGCAGUUUUUCCUUAAUUCCCUUACAUCUCCUCUCUGGUUUUAUUUAUUUUAACAAUUAUUUAUAGAGAGCUUAAUAUGUACCAGGCACUAUUCUUACUGCUUGGCAAUCCUUUUUCAGGUUUUCUCCUUGUUAAUAUUUUUUAAGGGAUAACAGAUGAAACUAAAAAUGUACCUGUUUUAAUAAGCAGUAUAAAUAUCAUUCCAGGUUAUAGGGUAUAAUGUAAUCAUUUUAGGUUAUAAGAAGUUAAACAGUUUCAUACAGCUUUAUCCUGAAGUGCAGCCCUCCAUUUCCUAAUGUCAGAAAUCUUCAGAGCAGGCUUUCUUCUGACCCAGAUACAUAAAAUAUUUUUAACAGGCAUUUUUUUUAUUGCUAAACACAAGAAUAUGCACUCAGCCAAGAUUAAAUCAACAAAUUUGUUGCUGCAGUGAAUGUUGUUGUUGUAACCUCUGCAGUGAUUUUUUUGGGGAGUUGCAGUCUUCCAAAAAUAAUGUGAAUUUUUCUGUACAGUUUAGUUUGACCUUUAAUUUUGUAUAGAUAAUUCUUAUGUUGUAUAUUAACACUGUAAUGGAUACUAAUUCUGGUCAGAAAAUUCAUCCUAAAACUACAGUUUUCAAAAGAUUGUAUGAUGUAUGCUAUACAUGCACUGUAUUAGUCCAUUUUCACACUGCUAUAAAGAACUACCUGAGACUGGGUAAUUUAUGAAGAAAAGAGGUUUAGUUGACUCACAGUUCUGCCGGCUUAACAAGAAGCAUGACUGGGAGGCCCCAAGAAACUUACAGUCAUGGCAGAAGGCGAAGGGGAAGCAAGCACAUCUCACCAUGACCGAACAGGAGAGAGAGCCAAAGGGGAUGUUCCACACAACUUUCAAACAACCAGAUCUCCUGAGAACUCACUCACUAUCAUGAGAACAGCCAGAGGGGAAGUCCGCCCCCAUGAUUCAGUCACCUCCCACCAGGCUCCCUCCCCCGACACUCCCUGAUUAAAAGUUAUGUAUGGGCUUAUACAAUUUCAAAUGUAAAAACAGCCUAUUUACAUAUGUUGAAACAAUAAGAUUUUGUGGUAUCACUGUCCCUUAAUAAUUACAAUUCAAGGUAAGAUUUGGGUGGGGACACAGAGCCAAACCAUAUUAUAUACUUUUGUGAUAGCAUAGAAGCAUGCCUUGCUUUUUAAAUACACAAAAGUCUAAAUUUCUGAAACAUCAAGUUAUCCUUGGCUGAGUAAAAUAAUUUUUCACUUACAAGAGGAUUCACCAUAGCCUUCUCUAAAUAGUUAUUUCUUCAUUUAAAUGUUGUUCAAUUUACCAAAAAAGUUACCAAAACCUUCCCAAAAUAGUUAUUACAGGAAGUGAGGUACAUAUAUAUCUUUUGCACCUUUGUAUAGAAAUAGAAAAAAAGUACAAGUCUUUAGAUUUCAUAGUCUGCUUAUUACAGAUACUGACAAUGAAAUAUAUACUCCCUGCUCAUACAGUUUGAAAUAAAUUAUUACAUAAAGAUGAUAAAUGUUUAUAAGCAAAUCUAGCAUAUGAAGAACAUAUACAUAGAUGAGUUUCACACAAAGUCUAGUGUAUUAUGGAAGACAUAUGUGGCAGGUAAUCUCAAGAGAAUACAAAAGAUGUAUUUUCAUGAAUAAUUGAUACUUUUAUUUCUAAAAGUAGUAAAAAUUAAAAUAUGGUUUUCUUUAAAUUUUCAGUUUUUUAUGAUGUUUUUCUUUUUUAGCUGCCUAAAACGUUGAAGGGGAAUCAAUUCUUCAACUCAAGAUGUCUGAUUUACUGUGAAUUUGCCCAAUCUUUGAUGACAUUGAAAACGUUUUGGGGCAUACACACUCAAAAAGCAGGAUCCAAUACCCAAAAGAAAUGGAACUUAAUGUUGUGCCAAAGUUAAACUACUGCAGUUGGUGGAAGUUCUGCAAUGUAAAUAGAACACUAAUUUAAAACAACUUGCAAAAAUUCAAUUUAAAUUUUAAUACAGUACAUUUUUAUUCUAAUAUGAUGGAGACAUUCUGAAUCUUAGACUUUCUGAGGGGGUUUAAUGACCACUAGAGCUUGUCCUCAUAUUCAGUCCAGCUUAAUACUGUGUGUCUAGUAAGAUGGGCUAUAUAUUGCCUCUAUUCUUUGAGAUGUGAUUAAGCUUAGAACUUUGACCAAAAAUUUUACAGUAAAAAUUGUUAGAAAUGGGUAAAAAAAAAACAAAACAAAAACCCUGAUUUAUUACUAUGUCUUAUUUAUCAGACCCUGCACUAAGAUUAAAAGUUGUGUAUGGGCUUAUACAAUUUCAAAUGUAAAAACAGCCUAUUUAUAUAUGUUGAAACAAUAAGAUUUUAUGGUUUCACUGGCCCUUAAUAAUUGGAUCCUUCAUUAAACACAUCCAUGAAUACCACUGUUUCUACUGUUACUUGUUCCAUUAGAAGCUGAUUUGCUUUUUAUUAAACUGCAGGUAAUUAAUUCUGAAGAAGGAAAAGAAACUGGCAUGAUAAUUUGGAUAGGGUGAAGCUUUGAAAAAAAUACUGCACCAAAAAUGUGAAAAAGAAUCACGUAGUAAAUGUAUACUUAGUGUUUUCUUACAAUCGUGGAAAUCAGAAAUGUUUAUACAGGUGUCAGAUCAGAAUUUUUAAGAGUUAUCUUUCAGUGAAAUUUUACUUUUAUAACAAUUUCAGUGAAUAGAGAAAAAAUUCUGAACUGAUCAUAAUGAGUUAAAAGUUAGCUUUUCACUUAUGAAUCAUGGGAGUGUUAACUGUUAACUCUUGCCAUAUCAGGAGACUGAAAGUUCAUACUAAUUUACAAACUUUGUAAAGACUGGUGCUGUUCAUUCAUAUUGGGAAGAACCCUUUCUUUUGUGACCAUAGGACCAUUUUUCAAAAUGCGCUUUCUUCGUAGAAGAAAUGUUCAGUUUAAUUAGCUUUGGAUUUUAACAUGUUUUUCUGAAUGACCAGAUGUAGGCUUAGCCAGUUUAUUUUCUCUAAUUUAAUGGAUAAUAAAUAUUAAGCUCUUGGUUAAAUGUUUUUCAGCCAUUGAAAAUGUUAUGAAAAAGCCUUGAAUAUGCAUGCUGCUUUCAUUUUUAUAAACUUUUUAUUUUUUAACUAUAGCUUUAUUAGUAAUUCCAAAAUGCUGCAAUGUAGCUGAUUUCCUCACUCAGACAGCUGGCUUUGUGGGUGGCUUUUUUCAUACUACUGUUAACUUUUUUAAAAAAGAAGCAAUGUAAAGACCGUAAUGCACUAAGCUUUUUUUUUUUCUUUUACACGUUUAAAAACUUCUUAAAGCACUCUGUAAUAUAAUGAUUAAAUUGCUCCCUUUUAUAAA